AUGGCUCCCGCAAGGAUUGACAACGUCACGUUUGAUGUGACACGCGACGGCGGUGCCCUCGACAAGACAUCAGAUGAUAUCGAUAUUGUCAAUGUCUUGAAAGCAGAACUCGAGGGAUCUAUCCCUUAUGAUCAGCCCAAAUUUGGAGCAGACAAGGACAAGUCCAAGUUCCGGCAAUACGAGACUGCCUGCGAACGGGUCAAGGCUUUCUAUCGAGAGCAGCACGAGAAGCAAACGGUUGCAUACAAUCUGAAAGCCCGUAACGAGUUCCGGUCCAGAGUCAGAGCUGAGAUGACAAUUUGGGAAGCAAUUGAGAAACUCGAUACCUUGAUCGACGAGUCAGAUCCGGACACCUCCCUCUCCCAAAUCGGCCAUCUUCUCCAAUCCGCUGAAGCCAUCAGGCGCGACGGAAAGCCAAGAUGGAUGCAACUCACUGGCUUGAUUCAUGACCUAGGGAAGCUUCUCUUCUUCUUUGGCGCAGAAGGCCAAUGGGACGUGGUAGGAGAUACAUUCCCAGUUGGAUGCGCCUUUGACGAGCGAAUUAUCUAUCCCGAGACAUUUGCAAACAAUCCUGAUCUUGGGCACCAAAUAUACGGGACCAAGUUCGGCAUAUAUUACCCCAACUGCGGCCUUGAUAAUGUCAUGCUUUCCUGGGGCCAUGACGAGUAUCUGUACAAUGUCGUCAAGACCCAGUCGACCCUCCCCAAGGAGGCACUGGCCAUGAUUCGCUAUCAUUCGUUUUAUCCCUGGCACACGGCUGGUGCAUAUAGGCACCUGAUGAACGACGACGACGAGCGCAUGCUUGAGGCGGUCAAGGCUUUCAACCCGUAUGAUCUAUACAGCAAGACUGAUGACGUUCCGAAUAUCGAAGAACUAAAGCCUUACUACCUCGAGCUCAUCGAAGAAUUUUUCCCGCAACACGUUGUGAAAUGGUGAAAGAACCUUGGAAGUUGACACUGUUGAGUGCGCUAAUGCAUGAGACUACCCUAGGUUAGGCAGGGCCAUACAUCAAUUAUGCAUGCAGUUAUUAAUUCUAUUGGUUCUUUUACCCUGAUUUUUUCACCCUCCUACCCAAACACGAAUUUCCCAUUUAAUAAUAUUGUUUUUUUUAUUUUUAUUUUUUUAUUUUUUAAUUCCGUUUGUCAUGCGUGAUUCUAUCCAGCGCGUCGGGUUAGAUAUUUUACUUUUUUUACUUUUUACUUUUUCCCCCCCUUUUUUCCCCGAUCCCCGUGUGUAGUUAGCCUUAAAUGGCUUGAUGUCCAGGUUGCCCUGGAUUUAAUAAUAAUGCUCCUCCUCCGUUUUAUCCGUUAGUUAUCCGUUUUCUUUUUCUUUUUCUUUUCUUUUUCUUUUUUUUUUCUUUUCUUUUUUGUUCAUUCAGGGCAUCCCAUCCUACAUUUUCCACGACUGACAUUGCGCAACAACUAUUCCGAGAGUGUGGUUGAUUGUGUGACAAGCCACGCCCGAUAUCAUUUUCUCGUCCUUGGUCCUUGUCACUAUUUAAUAUUGCAUACUUUGAGUGGUUGUCCAGUCUGAACGUGACUGAUUCCCGCGUUAACUUUCCUUUAUCUCUUGUCUUCUUUCUUUUUUCCCCCGUUUCUUUUGCUUUUUCGUAUCCAUUUAUUACUCGGACAUAACAGACCUUACUUAUUUAAUUAUAUUAACAAAAGUUGUAGUGUUAGUUACUUUACUAUAUCAAGAGUCCAUUCCUUGGAAUUUAAAAGAACGCUAACGACAUGCGUUUACCAGAGCCUUCAGUGAAUACAUUGCAUAUUUUUGCCCACUUAUUAUUCUUUGUUUGUUUUUAGUAUA